AAGGUACGCGCAGACAAAGCCGCCCUUUCGCAAUGCUCGUUCUCGUUUAUAACGUCAUCGCGUCCCCGCGUCUCGUUAGUUCUCCAAGUAUUCGCGGGCGCGCGCCGCCGGCUCUAUUUUUACACUCGCCGGCUGUCACGUUGUUUCCUUUUUUCCCGUUCGGUUGCUCGGGAUGGGGAAAUCCUCGACCCAAUGGCGUCAGUCCGACGUCAGUCUCUGCUCGCUCGGUUUCCAUGCUGUCCAGGUAUAGCGGCGGCCAUAUUCACAGGGAGCCAACAGCUCCGGUUCGGCUGAGCGGUAAUAAGAAGCGACUCCGAGAGUUUUGCGAGGCCAACGCCUCCCUCCCCGCGCCGCCUCGGCACCCGGGCAGGAUCGAGAAGGGGCAAAGCAGCUGGACAUGCUCUGCACGAACCCACGCUGUCAUUUGACAAACUAGGAUGCCUUUUGCACAAAAUGGAGGUGCGCAUUGCUGGACGUGUGGUCAAUGGGCAUCAGAUUGAAGAUGAACCCAUGGAAGAAGGGGAGUCUUUCUCUCACUGUGAAGAAGGCACCAUUAAAGAAAUCCCCAUCACACACCAUGUCAAAGAAGGAUGUGAAAAAGCAGAUCCAUCCCAGUUUGAACUACUUAAGGUUCUUGGUCAGGGAUCAUUUGGAAAGGUGUUCCUGGUUAGGAAGAUAAUGGGCCCAGAUGCAGGCCAGCUUUAUGCAAUGAAAGUAUUGAAGAAGGCAUCUCUAAAGGUGAGGGACAGAGUUCGAACAAAGAUGGAACGUGAUAUAUUAGUGGAAGUAAACCAUCCGUUUAUUGUAAAAUUGCACUAUGCCUUUCAAACUGAAGGGAAGCUAUACUUAAUUCUGGAUUUUCUCAGGGGUGGAGAUGUGUUUACUCGCUUAUCCAAAGAGGUUAUGUUUACAGAGGAGGAUGUGAAAUUCUACCUUGCAGAGCUGGCCCUCGCUUUGGAUCAUCUGCACAACCUUGGAAUUGUUUACAGGGACCUGAAGCCCGAAAACAUUUUGCUUGAUGAAGCAGGACAUAUCAAGUUAACAGACUUUGGGCUCAGUAAAGAAUCAGUAGAUCAGGAUAAGAAAACAUACUCAUUUUGUGGGACAGUGGAGUACAUGGCACCUGAAGUGGUUAACCGGAGAGGCCACACGCAGAGUGCAGAUUGGUGGUCACUUGGAGUUUUAAUGUUUGAAAUGCUCACUGGUACGCUACCCUUUCAAGGGAAAGACAGAAAUGAGACCAUGAAUAUGAUUCUCAAAGCUAAAUUAGGUAUGCCACAGUUUCUUAGUGGUGAAGCUCAAAGUCUUCUUAGAAUGUUGUUCAAGAGAAAUCCUUCAAAUCGACUAGGGGCUGGCACUGAUGGAGUGGAAGAGAUCAAGAGGCACCCUUUCUUUUCAACAAUUGACUGGAAUAAACUGUAUCGGAGAGAAAUUCAGCCUCCUUUUAAACCAGCUUCUGGCAAACCAGAUGAUACUUUCUGUUUUGACCCUGAAUUUACAGCAAAGACUCCAAAAGAUUCACCAGGAGUUCCACCAAGUGCAAAUGCACAUCAGCUGUUUAAGGGAUUUAGCUUUGUGGCACCUGCAUCAUUAGAUGAAGGCAAAAACUCUCCUCUUAUGAAUAUAUUGCCAAUUGUUCAGCUACAUGGGAGCAGUGCUCUGUUUUCUGAUAUAUAUGAGCCAAAAGAGGAUAUUGGAGUCGGUUCAUACUCCAUCUGCAAACGAUGUAUUCAUCGAAUCAGCAACAUGGAAUUUGCUGUUAAGAUAAUUGACAAGAGUAAAAGAGACCCUUCAGAAGAAAUUGAAAUUUUAAUGCGUUAUGGUCAACAUCCAAACAUCAUCACAUUGAAAGAUGUGUAUGAUGAAGGACGGUUUGUGUAUCUGGUCACAGAGCUUAUGAAGGGUGGAGAGCUUCUGGAUAAAAUUUUACGACAGAAAUAUUUUUCUGAGCGAGAAGCUAGUGCUGUUCUCUACACAAUCACUAAAACUGUAGACUAUUUGCACUGUCAAGGGGUUGUUCAUCGGGAUCUUAAGCCAAGUAAUAUUCUAUAUAUGGAUGAUUCUGGUAACCCAGAUUCAAUUAGAAUUUGUGAUUUUGGUUUUGCAAAGCAACUGCGGGGAGAAAAUGGGCUGCUUCUUACGCCCUGCUAUACAGCUAACUUUGUUGCACCUGAGGUCCUCAUGAGACAGGGGUAUGAUGCUGCUUGUGAUAUCUGGAGUCUUGGCGUUCUGUUGUACACAAUGCUGGCAGGCUAUACACCUUUUGCCAAUGGACCUAAUGAUACCCCAGAAGAAAUUUUGCUAAGAAUUGGAAGUGGUAACUUUUCCUUAAGUGGAGGAAAUUGGGACUCUGUUUCUGAGGCAUCAAAGGACUUGUUGUCACAUAUGCUUCAUGUAGAUCCUCACCAGCGCUACACAGCCGAACAGGUGUUAAAACACUCGUGGAUAGCUUGCCGGGACCAACUGCCUCAUUACCAGCUCUGCCGGCAUGAAGCACCUCACCUAGUCAAGGGAGCAAUGGCUGCUACAUAUUCUGCACUGAACCACAAAACAUGCCAGCCAGUUCUAGAACCUGUGGCAGCCUCAAGUCUGGCACAGCGCCGAAGCAUGAAAAAGCUCACAUCCACUGACUUGUAGUGAAAUCAAUUAUUUUUUACUAUUAAUUUAACUAUUUUUUCAGUGCAAAAAACGCCACAAUCCCCCAGAUUCACUUUACCUCGGAAGCCUUCUCUUUCUGUAUAUUCAAAGCAAGUACCAAUGCAGUAUACUGGCAAAAAUAUGUGUGAAUUGGCGUUUUGCCCCUAAAGUAAUAAUAUUUAAAAUAUGUAAUAUUUAUGAUGAUAAUGAGGAUGAUUAUUUUGUACUAGACAAACAAGCAUUUCAUUAAAAGCUGAGAUAUUUAUGUCCUUUCUAAAGGAUGAACCAGCUUUUAAUGUUUAUACACUGUGAUUGGUCAGCAUGCAGCUGAUAAAUUCAGUUCAUAUUUAAGACAAAAAACUUACAAAGUUCUCAAAAAAGCUAUGAUAUGGCAUUCCAUGAAACCAAAGCGAAAGCUUGCAUUAAGCUUUACUAAACUUGAGUAUACAUAACAUGAUACCAAUGCACUUGGAACCCAGUAUCUGAAGAUUAUCAGGUGUUAAUCAUUCAAUGCUACUUCUCUAGCUAUUGGGAAUAUUAAAUAACAUAAGCAACCACACUACACUUCCUGAUGUGGAGAUUAAACAUACUUUGUUUCACCGGUGCAUUGUUAGUGGAUUUUAUCUAUGUGAGUAAGAGAGAGAGAGAGAGAAAGAAAUAAAGAUGACUUAUUUAGUGUGAUGCUAAUGAUAAAAGGUCAUUUCUUGAGAAAAAGGGUAUAUUUAUUUAUGGAAGGCUCAACCUAUUUGUUUAGAUUUCCUAAGCUAUGACGUGUUCAGGGCCAUCCAAAAUUAGAAGGCAAAUUUGUGCAGAUCACAUAGUAAAAGGUCUUGUAUUUCACUAUGGAUGCCUUUAUACCAGGACUCCUCUUAGCUCCUCAUUCAAUCCAAUAAUAUGUUAUCUUGUGCCCUAUUUGUUUGUUAAGAGCAUCUCUGCAUCCCUUCUUGAAAGUUCAGAAUUUGCAGAUGUUAAAUUGCAGGAGAAAAAGUUCACAAGGUCUCCACAAAGUGAACACCUUAUCAGCAAUAAUGAACCAAGUCCCUUAUAUGGAAGUAGGUAAAAAAAUAAUAAUAAUAAAGAAAUUACAGUAUGUACAUGGGUCAAAAGGAGCUCUUUCCAAACUCUUGCCUUUAAAACAUCAAUAUAAUGUUAUGCUCCUACUAAUUAAUGUUGCCUUCAUCUGCUCCAUCAUGAAUUGAAAUCAUAAAUGUAAGAUAGUCUGUAAAUUUUAAUUUAAAUUGUUAUGCCUGUUACACCUGAGCUUGUUUUUUCUAAAUACAGUUCAGCUCUUGAUCCAUCUGUACACGUGUUAUCAACCAGAUGCUUAAAAUUGCAGCAUUUUGUAAAUCCAAAUAAUGAUUUCUUUACAACAAAAUGGAGCUUGGUCAAGUUGGUGGUUUAUUACUUUCAGUGUGAGUUUUGCUUAGUGAUUGCAAUGGGUGAGCUUGCACCGGAUCUAGUCUGAAGAUAAAGAACUCACUCACACUGUGCAAAUAAGGAUCUGGCUGCUUUUCAGCAUCAUGAAUCUCUUCAAAGACAUUGUGGAAAUUGUAUCAUAUUGUAUUUAUUUCAUUUAAUUUUUUAAAGAUAUUUUCUUUUAAAGUAUGUAUAUAUUGAUAUUAAAGAUCAUUCUUGA